CCAAAAUACUCAUCUGAUUAAUGGCUGGUGCGGUGUUUAUGUUGGUCAUUCAUACAGCUUGUGCAACCAAUACACUGAUUUACAUGUUAGUCAUGUUGUGCAUCUUCGUGCCUUGCUUGCUAUCUUGCACAUACCGGAAAAAGCUAAGGAACAAGUUCGAUCUGCCCGAAAGCCCCGCUCCGGAUUGCAUCAGUCACUUCUUAUGCGAGUGGUGUGCUCUUUGCCAAGAACAUAGGGAGCUCCAGCUCAGAGGCCUAGACCCUUCUUUGGGAUGGGUAGGAAACAUGGAGCAAAUUCAGAGGAUGCAGCAAAAGCGGCAAGCUGCUAUGAAUCCACCAGCUACCCAAAGAAUGACGGGUUAUUGAACAAAACACGAAGUAUAGCAACUUCAGUCAUGACAUGCUCGCCGUGAUUUUUGAUCCACCGAUGAAGAAGCUUCGGUUUUCCGUUCAUGGUGUAGGGAUGGAUCAUCCGUGUAUAUACCAUUCGAUGUGAACGAA